CCGAGCUCUAACUGUACUUUAGAUUUAAAAUUCUGCACAAACAUCAUUCUCAUUCGUUUCAGUAACACCGACCAAAAAGUUGAGUUAUGUAGUUUCUCUCAUAUUAUUCAUAGUCAUCAGAUGCCCAUAAAAAAGUUCUAGCACUCUAGUUUUGAAUAUAACAGUGACCGUGUCGUUCGUGUCAGUACUUAAUUUAGUUUUCAUUCGACGAUAAGGGACAAUAAAAUCAUCAAAAAUGAGACUGAUUACCAGAACUAGUUUAAUUGUAGUGAUAGUAGUGGCCCUAUUGAUUUCUUGUGAAGCAAAGAAAAAAAAGAAAAAUAGCAAACAAAUGAUAUUACGCCAAAAGGAAACAAAUCCAGUGGAUUUCAUUAGAUUGGCAGUAAUGAGACUGAUUUAUGGAAUUGCAACAAGGGUCGGUCUUGGAGAGCAGAUUUCUGAUGCCCUAAAUGGUGUUUUUGUGCCCCCUGGUGUAGAUGCUGAGUAUGACUAUGAUGGAGGAGUUGGGCAAGAUAAUGAUGAUGAUUAUGAUUUUGAUCUCUAGAGGAGGAUGUCCCAAAGAAAGUUUUUAUGUACCUGUAUACCUACUGUAUUUAUGUUUAAUGGAGUGUUUAAUUUAUUAUUUUAUUUAUUAAAAGUACCUAUGUAUUGAAAAAUGUAUUUAUUUCACAUGAAAAAUUGAUU